AGAUAGCCAAUCAUGUUGCGCAGCGGAGAAUUUCGAACAGGCGGGAAGCGAAGGAGGCGGGAGGAAAAAACAAGGCCGGCUAACGCCUGCUUACGGCUGUCGUCUGGCGCGCGCUGACUCCACCUGAUGUAACGCGCAGAACGGGAACGAGCGAUUAGGCAGAACAUGGCUAGAGAAAAGUGCUUGAAGAAGUCAUUUAAGGAUACCUUGGAAGACAUAAAAGAGCGCAUGAAAGAGAAAAGAAAUCAGAGAUUGGCCAAACUGGGCAGAUAUGCUUUGGGCAGACCGAACACAGUUCUUUCUGGCAAGGGUAAAAUUGCAGGUGACUCUUCUGUGAAACUGAAAAACAUCCAAGCAAACAAUAGAGCAUUAGCCCUGGCUUUAGAAGAAGAGAAAAUCAAAAUGAGAGAAGCACAAGAUAUUAUUCUGUACUUAAAGCGAGAAUAUCAGUCACUGAAGUUUCAAAUGUUUGUCUUGCAAAGAAAGGUUGAGGUGCAACAAGAAAAAGAACACACUGAGACUAGAUUGUUGAUGGUGAAGAAUGUUAUUUCUAAAGCUGUUCAGAACCUCCUGGAGGCAACUAGUCUCCUUGAUCCAGAAAAGGAUUCAUGUACCACAGAAGCUAGCCAGACUGUUUAUGGCCGGGUAUUUGAAGAGUGUGACUCCAGUCAUGGGGAAAACCAAGCUGCUAUGACUAUUGUAAAGCCUGACUUCACUGUAAAUAAGCAAGGCAAAGCAUUCUUAAGUGAACCUGAAAAUAACACCGAUAAACAUUGUUCAGAUUUUCUAUCUGAUUCCUGGCAAGAUGUGGAAAAUAUCCCUACGGGCCCAUCGCUGCAGGCAAAUAAAGGUUGGCAAAAUAGUUCUCAUGAGAACUGUCAGUCGUAUGAGAACAGAAAUAUUUCAUCAAAUGAAGACAAUAAGCAAGUUGGCAAUUCCUUACCUAAAAGCAUAUCUACCCGACGUCGCUAUUUGAAGAUCGAUGACCAGAGGGAGCUCUGUGUUUCUGAUGAUAACAAUUUAGAAAUAACUGACCAGAUUAUAGAAUCUUGUGAACAAGACAAAACUAGACCUGAGAGAGAUCUAGUGAUGAAUAACGAACAGUUUGAAGAAAUGUAUCCAUACACAGAGAACACGAAUGAUACAAGCCCAGAUCAAAGCUUAGUAUACUCACAUAUGCCAACUGAAUGCAGUUCAUCAACAACAGAUCUAAAGGAAACUCAUUUUAAUAAUAGUAAUUCUCAAACACAGAAGGACAGAGGUCAAAAAAGGAAACUGGAGGAAGUAAAAAAGCGUUCUAGGACAAGAUCAAAAAAGAAAAACCGGAAUAAACAUUCUGGUUCCAAAGGAAAAGCAGAUCUAUCUGUGGGUUCUAGUGAUGCAUAUGACUUUAUUUUUGAGGAGAGUGUCCAUAUUACACCUUUCCGGCAAAAUAAAGAAAAGGAGAAUACCGUGGAUGAUAAUAGUUGUAUAGAAGAAAUAUGUAGUGAUUCAUCAUCAGAUGAUGAUUCUAAUGACAGUCUUUAUGAGCCCUACAAAAACAAAUCAAAAUCUAUGAAAACAUUAAGCCACAGAAGUGAUACAGUUCCAGUGCACACAAGACGGCAAUCAAAAAGGGCUGUUUUGGAACAGCAUGAAAGAACUACUGAGGAAAAAAUGUGUAAAGGCAAAAGUAACACAUCUGUAACGAAAAACAGUGGAUCUAAUGUUGUAAUGAACAUUGCUGAAGAUGUUCCUUGUUCUAUUUUCACUGAAGAGAACAAAGAAAAAGAACACAAGACAAGUUCUUUUUCGGAAAAUAUCAACUUCAAACCAGAUAAACCUUUGGGAAAUCUUCAAAAUUUCUGUCAUCUUGGCGAUAUCACCAACCUUGCAUCAUCUUCUACAAUAACUAGAAAUUCUCAUCCUCUCAUUUCUUCUGGUGAAAAAGAAACUUUUAAUAACAGACGCAGAUGUACAGUUAGCAUGAGCUAUAAAGAACCAGCUCUCAACAGGAAGCUUCGACGAGGAGACCCUUUUACAGAUGUCGGACUUCUGGAUUCUCCAAUCUUUAAGGAGAAAAAGAUGCCCAAGUACACGUCAGUUAAAAAGAAAUUUGUUUCCAGAUACAAUGAGGCAUUUGUUGGUUGCCUUUGACAGCUUUUUUUCCUGUGUAUAACUUGAUUUGUCAGCAGAAAUGUUCUUAUGGUGUAAAAAGGAGUAUUUUUAGCCAAAUGUUGUUGCUGUGAAAUCUAAACUGUACAUUUGUACAUAUAGCUGUUUUACUUAUGGGCUUAGAUUUCAUGAACUCUUUAGUAACACUUCCCUUCCACACAGAUGGACAUACUCUUACAGAUGAUAUAUUUAAAAUAGCCAUUCAACUGAAAUAUGUAAAUGGAAAUCUAGUUACUUGUCAGUAGUUAGAGCAAAGGAAAUUCUGCCUCAGUCUUUUUUCCUUCCAUUUAUAUUAUGAAAAUUAAGUUGCCCACCAUUUUUUAUCGUUGGUGUUUGCAUUCUGGGAAUUACAAUUCCCAGGAACCACUUGAUUAAACAGGGUAUGUAGUUUGGAUAAAUAGGGUGGUUGCAAGGCUUCUUUGAUUUGGAUUUACUGUUGGCAGCAGAGGGGAAAUGGGCAGCUCUGUAGCUCAGCUUGCUUUGAAAUGGACUUUCCAAGCAAGUUGAUGUAGUUCACAUGUACUUUCAGCCAAAGUAAUAGGAGAUCUGUGUUUUACUGCCUGAACUUGGAUAGAAUGUUUUUCUAUAGAAGCAUACAUUUGUUUUUUGUUAGUAAGCCUUACAAACUUGUGUUUAGUGUGAAACAUGAAUCAGUGUAGCAGUAUAUUGAUUUUCUAAACUGUAUUUGCUGUUAAUGACAUUUAUAAUAAACGUUUAAUGCUGUGUAA